UGGAGGAAACGUCGGGAGCAUGUCAGGUAGAGGCAAAGGCGGGAAGGGGCUCGGCAAGGGUGGCGCUAAGCGCCACCGAAAAGUGCUUCGCGACAACAUCCAGGGCAUCACCAAGCCGGCCAUCCGCCGUCUGGCUCGACGUGGCGGCGUGAAGCGCAUUUCGGGGCUCAUCUACGAAGAGACGCGUGGUGUGCUGAAGGUGUUCCUGGAGAAUGUGAUCCGCGACGCCGUUACUUACACGGAGCACGCGAAGAGGAAGACAGUAACCGCAAUGGAUGUGGUCUACGCUCUCAAGCGCCAGGGGCGAACCCUCUAUGGCUUCGGCGGCUAAAGUUUUUGGCUCUUGGAACAUGCUUACGGACCGAAUCCAAAGGCUCUUUUAAGAGCCGCCUAUCUUCUCCUGAGAAGAGCUGUGACAUUCUUUUUCGUGAAGGGACGUCAUAAACAUGUACUACGUUAUUUUCAAUGCUUGCUUCUUUAAUUGGGGGUACUCUUUAAAGGUGUUAUGGUUGACUGAGCGUGAUCUCCUUUUGCUGUUACUGACACAGUUGUCUUUAUCAUGCGAGGAGCUUUAUUCCCUUUACUGUUAAAUUCCCUUAGAAAUGUUAAACCCCAUGAAGAGUCGCUUUAAGUGCUGGUUGUAAUCAAAACUCAAUGUGCUUUACAUGUAAUUAGCUGGAAUAUUCAAUGUCUUGUACUUUACAAUUUUCAUUUAACUGAGAGUAGAUAAAUUACUGCAAGGAAGAAGGGGGAAACAAUUUAUCACCCGGGGAAUAAACAUGAAUGUUGGUCUGAGAUGAA